AUGCAUAACCUGAGAGCCCAUAAGCUUAUGGUGGAUACGCUUUGUCCAAUAUGCCGAGCAGAAGAGGAAACGGUGAGCCAUCUUUUUCGGGAUUGCACUUUUACUCAACAGGUACAGCGGGAGUUGGGGGUGACUAACUCAACUACCAACAGAGAAUCAAAUUGGAAAAAAUGGUUAGCAUUAGAGUUUGAGAAUUAUAGUAAUGAAGCAUGUAAAAUCAGAGCUAUUUCUUUUUGGGCUCUUUGGUACAAUUGCAACAGAAUUUCCCAUGAAGGGAUAAGGGAGCGAGCACAUGAAAUUGUGAGGUUUAUCAAUGCUUAUUAUUCAGAAAUAACGCAAAUGGGUGAGAUAUUGAAGAAUAGGCAAGAGACUAAAAGAUUUGUGUGGGAACCACCUGUUGAUGAUGCUGUAAAAAUUAAUUUUGAUGCUUCUUUUAAUCAAUAUUCUCGAAUAUCAUGUUCACUAGUCAUUGCGCGGAAUAAAGAAGGAUUGGUGAUGGCAUCGUGUACUUACUCAUGGGAGAAUAUUUCAGAUCCGGUUAUAGCCGAGGCAAUGGCGUGUUUGCAGGCUGUUACUAUGGCCGAGGAAAUAGGUUUUCAAGAUAUAUGUGUUGAGGGAGACGCGCUAACUGUAAUUAGAAAACUAAACUCUACAAAAGAAGAUAGAUCAUGUAUUAGCAGUAUGAUUCAAGAAAUCAAUGGGAGAACACCCAAUUUUAGAAGAAUGUGUUUUAGAUUUGUACCGAGGGAAGCCAAUAAAGCGGUACAUGGGAUGGCGAUGGAAGGAUGGAGAUAUGAUAACCCCCUAUACUGGAUGGAGGAAGUACCGCAUGCAGUGGAAGGAUUGGUGAACUGCGAUAGGAGUGGCAGAGAUGAUGGCGGAUAA